AUGCGCUUGACGAAGGCCCUGAUUGAUAACCAGCACAUCUCCCUGGAGGCCUACCUUCACCUCAUUGUGCCCACCGUGAUCACAUGCAUUCUCUGUCGUCAACUCUGCGCUAAACCCAUCACAGACAAUCACUGGGCCCUGCGCGACUACGCUGCCAAACAGCUGGUCACCCUGUGCAAUCGGUGA